CUAUGGACCUGUCACAAAUUAUUUGACAUGUAUUAUGCAGUCAUGAAAAAAGUAUCAAACACUCUAACAUAUACGUGAAGUGUUAAGGGUUACCACCAAGGAUAAACCCUGAAGCGUGAACAAACUAUAUAUGUUGAAUGAAAUUAAGUCGCCGACAGAAUCACCGAGUGAUUUUAAAACAAGUCAUGGGCCUUUAACAAACCCUGGAAGUUAGAAUUACAGAUAUUGUGGAUGUUGUAUGAUUAAAACAAGUGUAAGUCAUUCAUUUGACAUGUACUUUAACGUUUCCAGAGUUCACUGUGACAAAUAUUGUGAAAUCUUAACGCUCUAACCUGACCCACGUGGGUCAAGUUAGAAAACCACACUUUUAUUCUUUAUAAGGAGAAAGAUUUUUAAUUCCUGUGUCAGUCUACUGUUUUAAUUUUGAAGACAUUUACAGAAUAUUGAAUGAAAAAUUCAAAACUUAGAAAUUAAAAUUUUGCCUAUGUCUCUCUUUAACAGCUUAUUGAUAAAUAAUACAUCGUUUAAAGGAAAUACCUGAUAACCUUACGAGUAAUCUUUUGGAGAAUAACUGGUGCGUUUUUACUCUUAAGUGCCCUGUUUAAAGAUUGAAAAAUUGGGGAUUUAUUACAUUAGAUCGGCUUGUUUGAAUUUCCGGUAUAAAACUGUACUCUAUUUAACCCGUCAAAUCAUUUUAUGAAGAUAAACGUGUGUUUAUAUUUCUGUCGCCUUUAUGUAUAGUUACACAUAUUCUGGUGUUUAAAUAAAUCUGCUUUCAAUCAAGUAAUAAUGAACAUUUGAAUUGAGUUAUAAUAUUCUAAAUACGUUCAGUGUCAUUUGAUGGACUAAUUACAAUUCUUUUAAAAAUGCGGAUGAUAUCAUGUUUUAGAUGCAUCUUGCUUAUAUAUGGAAUUAGUGUUAUCGGCAAUGUGAACGGGAAAUCUCGGAAGAAAAGUUCCUUUUUAAAGAAAAUUGAACUUGCAAAAUCCACGGAUAAUGAUAAUAGUUUGAGAAAUGAUGAUGACAAGCGGGACAACUUAUUUAAUCCGGUUUUGCAAAACUUUACGUCACUAUUUGAAUAUUUGAAUGCCGCGCGUCGUGAUUCUCAUAAGGUAAAGAGCUCUCGGAAAAAGCGGCAGUCACGGCAAAGGAAUUGCGCGGGUCAGUGUGAAGAUUCUCUGUGUUCUUGGCACGAGGAAUAUGAUGAAGAAAGCACGAGAAUCCCGCGAUUUAUAAAGUAUGCAGUAUGUGACAGUGCAACAUGUAACUUUGGUUUUGGUGGCUUAGAUUUCCGCACGACGUAUUCGCUUCAAGUUCGUACACAGUGUGAUCUGGUUAAAACGGAUAUUCUUGUAACUAACACUGAGGAUGGUGAACAGAGAUGGAUAACUAAUUGGCCAAUAGCUUGCGUCUGCACGGAGAGGUUUGCAGUUCCUUCAGUAGUGUACGGUCAUGAAGGCAGGCAUUCUGAGCAGGCAGUUGACGUUGAUAUCACACACAAUGGACCUCUUACACCAGUGUCACGUCAGCAAAUCAUUCUGAAUGACGUCAGACGCAGACCCUUAACUCACUCACAAAGACGCAGGUUACAUAAUCAACAACGUCACAUGCAAAGUGAAACGUGGGAACACAUGAUGCUGAGGAAGUACAACAGAACAUAAUUAAGUGACACAUUUCUGUAAAAUCAUUUUAUACAAAAGGGAAAUGACUCUGACAGAAUAAUGAAUACAUUGCUCUUUUCAUGCAGUAAAAAGAACUCUAGAAAAUUACAAUUCUAACACGCUUCAUUUUAUUCCCCUAUCAACCAGAUUGGGCAACACGUCAAUAAAACAAAUGACGUCAGGAAAAUUACUUCUACGCACAUUGUAGUUUAGCAUAUUUUUAAUCAAUUCUCUUUUUUAUGAGCAUGUUAGAAUAGAAAUAGAUAUUAAUUUUUCGUGCAAUCGGACUGAAAAAAACCCCAGAUCUAUUUAACUUAUUUCUUGCAUGUAAAUCUUACUUCCACCGUACUUGUUUCGCCUUCAUUAUGAUUCGGAUUUUCCGAGAAAGCUACUUUUAGCCAUGCAAUACAGAUAACCAUUAGACGAAGUAUCAAAAUAUCGCUGUCCGUGAAAGUAAAGCAAAUUGUUGACUUAAAAAAAUGUUUAAAGUAAUUUGAAACAAAUUGAUUGGAAAUAAUAGACUCAAUUUUUUAUGGGCAAGAUUGUAUUGUCAGUUUAUCUGUCGGCCAUAUUGACAACGCCACGUUUGUUUUCAAAAUCGUGAAAAUAAGUUACUAAGUAUUGUUUUUCCAGCGGUUAAAAUUAGAAAUUGUAUCACUUUCAAAAUUGUGAAAGCUCGCCGAUGUUGUUCGAAAGGUCACGAGAAGUUGACCUUCAAUCGGUGUCCGUCAGAUCCUAAUGCUGAGCGUUAAUAAGGAGAUAGCAUAAUAAUGCACGGUUUCUCGUUCAAAUGCUUUAAAAUUAUUCACUCAGGACUAUCGGCUUUCUUGAUCAAUUCCUGUGCAUUUGAACUCGAACCGUGCAUUUCUCUACAACAAUGCACUCAAAAUGCAUAUCUAUUCCUAAGUAUAAAACGGUAUAAAUCAUUAAAGGUAUUCCUUUUCAAUUACUCAUGCAAUUCAUUGUCAUCAUAUAUAACAUAUUAAAGUAUGGUUUUGUCCUACACAUUUAUUUUAUACAAAGUUUGUGUAGAUAGCAUUUAAUUGUAUUAUCAAGAUAAAUGAAAAAUGUCAUU